AUGAAUCCACCGACACGUGCCACCAUGUACAUGGCCCUAAAAAGGAGUUACAACUUCCUGCUGUACGGCAGCCUGUGGGCCGUACGCAGUGACGCAAACCUUAGCCUGUUCUCCAAUCGCAGAUCUCGUUCCAACAGUGCUGCCACAGAGGCCGAGGUCGAGAGGCUUCAUCACUUCAUAAAGGCUCGGGAAAUGGAACUAGAUUUCGUGAUGAAAGAACUAAUAGAAGAGAAAAAUAGACUCGAGACAUGUGCUAAGGCGAUAUACAACCUGGAAUUGGCUAUCCCAGAAGCGAAACAACUCCUCAAAACCCACGAAGACAGCCUGGCUGCUUUCAUUAAUAUCCAAACACUCCUCAACAAUAUCAAAUUGACUCAGGAGGAGACUAUGAAGGACGAGUCUCUGACCUCAACAAUGUAUUCCGAUCUUCGGAGCUUCUCUACCAAAACAACGACACGCACAGCAGAUCUGAUAGAUUCCCAGGUAAUAGAGACAAGAAAUAAUCUUCGUAUAACGCUGGAUAAGAUUUGUCAUCUCGAACUGGAGUUGGCAGGAUGGAAAUCUUCCAAGCGAAGAUCGGAGAAAACAAUAAAUCGACUAAAAUCAAAUCAUUUAGACAUUGAAGAUGAUAUUGAAGAGAGCAAAGAUGCUUUUAGGUCGAUUUGGAAGAUAUCAUCUGAUGUGUGGGUCAAAGUAUGGAAGUACUUUGUGAGAGAGGCUUUGGACGAUUAUCUGAAGAAAAAUCCCCAUGAUCACGGAAUGAAGCCACCAAUAUUGACUCUUUCACAAGUAUGCAGCAGCUGGAGGCGCCUUGUUUACAAUAUUCCGGAGCUUUGGACACUGGUGUAUGUUGCUCCGACACAGGUUUGGCGACAAUGCGAGCACGAUCUCUUCGUCAAGUCCAUUGAAAAAGCACAUUCACCCGUAACUGUUCUAACUAACCUAUCUCAAGACUUUUCCAUUUACUACCAUAAUCGGCGUUAUAAUCUGAAUGGUCACCUAAGCGAGACUGUUUCUGUGAAGGAGAAUACUGUACUUGGCGGCAAGGAUUAUGCACUCCUUCUGGACUGUUUUGAUGACCAGGAAUAUUCUAUGCAAAGAAUGCA